UAUGCAUGACAACCACAGCGCCCCCACUACCAUCAGUCUCCACUGUGUUGACUCAGUCCGCUUUGGCAAACAAUUUGACGCACACUGAGUUUUUUUUUUUUUUUCUUCUUCUUGUUUUUAGCUAAGUUUGAUGAAGCAGUGACAUUUGUGCGAAAUGAAACCGAGGAAGCGACACGUCCUGCUGCUGUGGAUGCUCGUCUGCUACGGUAUGACUGAGGCGAUCGAGCCCAUCAGCACCAGCAUAGCGGUCGGCAUGGCUGCGGCUCUGACUGGAUUUUUAGCUAGUUACCAGAACAUCCUCUACUAUUUCCACGAGUGCUGUCGACCCGAGUGGAUUUCUUUCAACAGGACAGGUCUCGAGGCUGACCUGGAAAGCAAACUGUUCGGACAGCACAUUGCCUCACGCAUCAUCCUGAAAGCUGUCAAUGGAUUCAUGAGCAAUGACAACCCGAAGAAGCCCCUGGUGCUCUCUCUGCACGGAUGGACCGGCACAGGGAAGAACUUUGUUAGUAACCUGAUUGCUGAAAACAUUUACAAGGAGGGAAUGGACAGCAGCUUUGUUCAUGUUUUCACAGCUGAACUUCACUUCCCACAUUCAAGUCAGUUGGAUACCUACAAGGCUCAGUUACAGCAGUGGAUCAAAGGCAAUGUCACCAACUGUGCACGCUCCAUGUUCAUCUUUGAUGAGAUGGACAAGAUGCAUCCUGGCUUGAUUGACAGCAUUAAGCCGUACCUGGACUACUACGAAAAGCUGGAUGGAAUUUCUUAUCGGAAAGCCAUCUUCAUCUUUCUCAGCAAUGCUGGAGGGGAGGACAUCGUACGGACAGCUUUAGAUUUCUGGAAUGAAGGACGAGCUCGAGAAGAGAUCGAACUAAAAGACCUGGAAACAUUGAUCUCUUUAUCAGUGUUCAACAACAAGAACAGUGGCUUGCGGCAUGCAAGUUUGAUUGACAAGCACCUGGUGGACUUCUUCGUCCCGUUUCUGCCUCUGGAGUACCGGCACGUUGUCCAGUGCGCCAUGGCCGAGAUGAAAGCCAGAGGACUUCAGCCAGACCAGAACGUGGCAGACCAGGUGGCCAGAGAUUUAGUCUAUUUCCCCAAAUCUGAGAGAGUGUUCUCUGUCAAAGGCUGCAAGACGAUACAGAGCAAGUUAGACUACUACACAUAAUGUCAGCAUCUGAUGGACGCUACGUUCGAUCUCUAUGUGCACUUUUUUAACAAAACAUGCUCUCAGCCAAAUGAGUUAAGAGAGGAAGUUAAGCUGACUGAACUCUGAAGAGGUCUGCGGAGAUCUCUCUGUCUGACCUCAUGGCCGCGGGAAGGAUUUCAGCGGGCCUUCUCCAAUGUUGCAUCUCGCUUAAACAGAAUGAAGAGGCUGAUGAAAGAGCACAGUGCCAGUUGAAUGAAAAAAAUCAUAAGGUGGAAAUGCUAUCCUUUGUAGCUGCUUAAGGGGCUUGAUCUCUCUUUUGUGUCACACCUCAAUGAGUCUCAAAAACGGUGUUGUUUUCCUGAGAGCUUCUUAAGGACUAACAGGGUGUCUCCUCUUCUGUCAGUGAAACUAUGGCAUAUCACUGUUGUGCUUUUUUUUUUUUUUUUUUUUUUAAAAAACAUGUGUACUCCGUAUAUAUGGAUUACUGGAAACACUUGCCUUAAUUUUUUUAAAUUUUAUUUUACACACACCUCCACUGUACAUAUGAGUACAUUAACACUCAAAGUUGGUCGUGGUUGGUGAGGCGAGGUAGUCAGCAGGGCUUAUAGCAAAGUCUCACUAUUUAAAUACAUAAUACAGAACAUUCUGUUUAUAUGUAUCACAUUUACAAGUUUUUUAUACAGUACAGCCACACUCUUAAUAUCUAAUUUGGUUAAUAUAAUACAUUACAAAUAGAUUGUUUAUACAUGAGUAAUAUACACUGUAAUGGAUAUGGACGUGUCCAUAGUGAAAUAUUUCCAGAUGUAAUUUUGCCUUAGAGUUAAUUACUUUUUUUAAAACCAUGACUGGACUCUGUAGCUACAUUUGGACAUUGUGUAAUAUUUUGCCAAAACUUGAUUUUUUUUUAUUCUUAAAAAUGCAGACAGUUCAGAAUACAAAAUUCUAAUGAUAGUGUAUAUAAAAGAGUAGUUGAUUAUCCAAUUAGUUUGAUUUAAAAUUGAGCUAAAAGGUUUCUUUCAAAACACAAUACUAUUCUUCCCUAACAUUGUGGAAGAAAAUGUUCUGUUAUUUAACUUUUUCUGUACAAUUGCUCACAGUUACCUGUAGGUGAAGGGGGCUUUUAGUGGACUAUAAAAGAAAAUUGUUGGUGCGGAUGCACCAGACAAACAAAUCACAAAUAAAAUAUGAAGUUUU